AGUCGAGAAACAGGACCAACCUGAACUUUGAAGGUAAAAAUGGUUCAGUGUUCGACAGGAAUCAUUCGAAUUGGUUUGCUGGUAUUAUUACCCUGGCCGAGUUACUCAGCCAAGGCUACUUUUACCUUGGAGGAAUUACACGAGCAAUUACAAGGGCUAAGAGAAAAUUACAUUAAAUUAAAAGAAGAUAUCGUAGCCAUCGUAGCUAAAAAUGCUCAACUAGAAGCGAAAGAUAAAAUGUUGGAAGAAAAAGUCGCCCGACUGGAACUUGAAUUACGAAGUCAAGAAAAAAUACAAGUAGCAGCCGGGAACAACAACACGCCAAGAACAUGUCACGAGAUUCACGAUACUGAUCCGUCCCUGACAUCCGGAAUGUAUUGGAUCGAUCCGGACGGUCAAGGAGUUGGCGAAGCUCCCAUUUCCGUUUUUUGUGACAUGUCGACAGGAUCAACUGUCGUUUCCCACGAUAGUGAGUUACCAAUGGAAGUAGACCAUUGCCCUGAUCCUGGAUGCUAUUCCAGGGCAAUCAAUUACAAUGGGACCAGCAUAAGACAACUGAAAGCCUUGGCUGAAAUGUCCGCAAAAUGCCAGCAGUCAAUUAAGUAUGAUUGCAACUUCGCCCCGUUGGAGUUCAGUAACGCCGCUUACUCCUGGUGGAACGACAAAGACGGAAAUCCGCAAUAUUUCUGGGCCGGAAGUGAUUCGAGUGUUCACAUUUGUCAGUGCGGGAUUGACGGACAAUGCGUUGAUGCCGCCGUCAAAUGCAAUUGUGACUCCAUGGCGCCAGUGCAAUUAACCGAUUAUGGUGUCAUAACAGACAAGGAGAUCUUGCCCAUUACGCGCCUAAAUUUCGGACGGACCCAGCUGGACACUUCGUCCGGUGUUCACACCCUGGGCCGUUUCGAAUGUUCAGGGCAGAUGAGUGAAACGGGAAUGACAUCCUCAUGCCAAGAUUUGUGGAGAAAGGGGCACACCUUGAGCGGAUUAUAUUCCGUUAUGGGAACGGCAAUGAUUGAAACUGUUUAUUGCGAUUUUGCUAAACUGCCCUCUGACUCAGGGUUCCAGACGUGGAUCGGAUACGCGGAUGUUAAAUCAUCUCCUACCUACUUCUACGCUCAAAGAAACGCUUCCUCUUUUAACGAAACUAAAAUUCCUAUUCCCUUCGACGUUGAACUACUAAACAUGGGAGGAGCCAUGAAUUUGACAUCAGGCAAAUUCACGGCACCGGUAGCGGGCAAAUACUUUUUCUCCUUCACGGGACUGGUACGAUUUACGGGAUCUGCGACUCUACAGUAUUGCCGGAUUUUUUUGUAUAAGAAUGGGGAUCCAACAGCACUAAGUUCUUCUGACGAGAUCAGCACCGCAGCGCAAUAUGAAACCCUUUCCCUUCAGUCAACGUUAAAUUUAAAUAAGGGAGAUCAAAUCUGGUUAGAAAUUUAUUCUAUGACACCAGGGACGAAUUUGAAUGGAUAUGGAUACGACCAUUUUAAUGGUUUCCUGCUAGAGGAAGACAUUUCCCAGUUUGUAAACCAAUUUAUGUUUUGAAGAUUGAUAAUUUUUUUAUAUGCAACGUUAUCUGCUGUUUCAUUACCGUCAUUUACUUUCGGUUGUUUACUGCUUGCACAAAUUGAUUAGUAAUCAUGACCCACAUUCGAAUUCGAAUAAACACAUCUGACUUUUGCACCUUAAAAAA